UAGUACUGUAGAACUCUACAGGAACAUGAACAAACACGAAUCCCAGAUACAUCUCCCGCGGUUCGCGUUAGUUUGCGAUAGACGUUCAAAGAAGGCGGAUAUGGUUCGCGUUGAGGCAUCCAAUUCGCUUCCGUCCUUCAUCGAAUGUCUUCCGGAAGGAUGGGGCUUGAACUGGAAGAUUAUUAUUCGUGGAAAAUUGAACGAUGAGAGGUUCGACAUCAACCUGCAGAACGUGAUCGAGGGACCCAGCGACGACGAGGACACUCCGCUGCACAUCAGUGUCCGGCCGGGCUGCGAGGAAAUUGUGUGCAACGCGUACGAGGGCGGUUACGGCUGGGGACCGGAGGAACGGCAGCUGGGCUGUGCGAUCCAGGCCGGGGCGGACUUUGAGGUGGAAAUUACGGUUAAGCCGAACGCGUUUGGAAUCUGGAUCAACGGAAGCCAUCACGCGGACUUUACCCACCGGCAGCCGUGGGAGACGUUGCGGUACGUUGCUGUGGUGGGAAACGUUGAGUUGGAGUAUUUGAGCGCUGAGCUGAUUUGAGCUGGAGUUGAUUCGAAUAAAGUUUUUUUGAACACUGUAUUUUUCAAAG